AUGAAAAUUUUCCAUACCGUCGAAGAAGUUGUUCAGUGGAGAACACAGGAGCUAAGGGAAACAAGGUUCAGAGAAACUAUUGGGUUCGUUCCCACAAUGGGUUGCCUGCACUCGGGCCACGCUAGUUUGAUCUCGCAGUCUGUGAAGGAAAACACAUAUACCGUGGUCAGUAUAUUUGUCAAUCCCUCUCAGUUUGCGCCGACGGAGGAUCUAGAUAACUAUCCUCGAACUUUGCCAAACGACAUCAAAUUGCUUGAAUCAUUAAAAGUAGAUGUUUUAUUUGCUCCUAAUGCACAUGUGAUGUACCCACAGGGUAUUCCGCUCGACGUGGAGGAGCAGAAAGGUCCUUUUGUCACUGUUCUUGGAUUGAGUGAAAAAUUGGAGGGGAAGACGAGACCCAACUUCUUUAGGGGUGUCGCAACUGUCGUGACUAAGCUAUUUAACAUUGUCAUGGCAGAUGUGGCCUAUUUUGGGCAGAAGGACAUUCAGCAGUUCAUCGUUUUACAGUGUAUGGUGGACGAACUGUUUGUCAAUACAAGGCUCCAUAUGAUGCCUAUUGUAAGAAACAGUAAUGGACUAGCUUUGAGUAGUAGAAACAAAUAUCUUUGCCCAAAUUCCUUAAAGAUCUCUGAGAACCUUUACUGCGGCCUAAAAGCUGCGGAAAAUGCUAUUAGGAGCCUAGUACCUGGGGCAAGUCUCUCCAGAUCAGAAGUCAUCGAUAUUGUAACUCAGAUAUGGGCACCCUACAUUGAUUCCCACGAUUUCAAAGUGGACUAUGUCUCCUUAGCAGAUUUCAAGACUCUUGUUGAGCUCCCCGCUGUUGAAAACACCAGCGUGCAACAGCCACUAGUCAUUAGUUGUGCUGUAUACGUGACUGACCGCGAAAAGCCCAAUACCAUUGUUAGAUUGAUAGAUAACAUUGUUAUUUAA